AAAAUUGAUCAUGGAGGUAGAUGCAUUGGUUCAGUAACUCCGGAACGGGGCUUACGAUAGGGCGACCCAAUAUCACCAUAUCUUUUUCUAGUGGUGGCGGAAGGGCUUUUGGCUCGGUUACAACAAUGGCGGUGGAGGAGGAAGCUCGGGUUAUUCGGGACUGCCUAGUAGAGUAUGAACGAGCAUCUGGGCAGCUUGUUAAUGUCCAAAAGUCAGAGGUCAGUUUUAGCCGUAAUACUACUGAUGGUAUGAAGCAGCGAGUGGCCAAUGUUUUGCAGGUCCAUGCAGUUGAAACCCGAAGCAAGUAUUUGAGGCUACCAGUGACCAUCGGGCGUAGUAAGAAAGAAAUCUUUAAAGAUGUCCAAGAUAAAGUGUGGAGAAAAAUUGAAAGUUGGAAACACAAGACGUUGUCUAGGGCGGGGAAAGAGGUGCUUAUUAAGGCAGUUAUUCAGGAAACCCCGAGUUAUAUUAUGACAAUGUUCUAUCUCCCAAUCUCUUUGUGUGAUAGUAUUGAGAAAGCGGUGAAUCGUUUUUGGUGGAGCUCAGGUAGAGGGGAAAACCGUGGAAUAAUUUGGAUGGCAUGGCGACGCCUGGGCAGAUUGAAGGAGAAUGGGGGGCUCGGAUUUCGCCAAUUGAACCUCUUUAAUAAGGCAUUACUGGCAAAAACAGGAUGGAACCUUAUUGUUCGGCCUGGGUCUCUUGUCCAUCAGAUUUAUAAAGCCCGGUACUUCCCAAAUAAUGACUUCUUCCAUGCGCCAAAGGGUAAUAAUCCAAGUGCUGUAUGGCGAGCUUUGUUGGAAGGUCGGGAGGUUUUAAAAAACAGUGCAGGCGGUGUAUCGGAGAUGGGAGGGAGACGACGGUUUUGAACAGUCCCUGGUUGCUUAGAGACGAAGAUCCAUAUAUUCGCACUCCGCUCCCAAGUGAAUGGGUAGACAUGAAGGUGGCUGAUCUGGUCAUCCUGGGAACUAAAUCAUGGAAUAGGGAUCUGAUUCAUGCUAUUUUUUUGCCAGAGGAUAGUCAGGCUAUCUGUAACAUCCCGCUCUGCCAGUCUAUCAAGACGGAUCGGUGGAUGUGGACCGGGGAUCGGAAUAGGCGCUACACGGUGAAGCAAGGAUACCGGGUAGCUCAUAAUGACCAAGCGGUGGGAGGGAAUCUUGACAAAGCAGUGUGGCAGGGCCUCUUCAGACUAAAUGUUCCACCAAAAGUUAGGAAUUUUAUAUGGAGAGGUAUGCAUGAGGUACUUCUAGUUCGGGCAAAUUUGGUGCGUAAAGGGGUUUCUAUUACUACAGCAUGUCCGAGGUGUUUGAGCAUCGAGGAAACGACGCUGCAUGGGCUGGUGUUAUGUCCGUUUGCAGUUCGAUGCUUAAGGGAAGUGGGCGGCGAGCGCGGCAAUGUGGAACCAUCAUUUGCACUGUGGUUCGCAGCUUUAUGGAAGGAAAGCUCACGAGAGUUUGUUGCAUGUGUGGCAAUCAUCCUUUGGGAGAUUUGGACUCAACGUAACCAAUUGGUGUGGAAUAACAAAUAUAUGCAACCGAAGACCCUAGUCGCUCGGGCACUACAGUGGUACCAGUCAUGGCAGCAAGCGAAGCAAGAAGAUCUCGAGGUGGCAAGGACGCGAAACACAUUCCACAACCAAUGGGAGCCUCCGGUUCAUGGGGCUCUAAAGUGCAAUGUCGAUGCUAAUUUUAACCCCAACACACAUUUGGCGAGAGUGGGCAUGGUGGUGCGAGAUAGCAAUGGAUAUUUUGUGAAGGGAGCCUCUCGAGGUCUAGGGCAGGUGGAGGAUGCGUGCAUGGCAGAGGCGAUCGGGGUAAGGGAAGCACUCAGUUGGCUUAAGGGCAUAUUUAGAGACCGAAUAAUCACACUGGAGAUGGAUAACCAGACACUUUACUUUGCUCUCCAGGAGCGGGAGGAAAAUUUCUCAUACUUUUCAGGUUUGGUCUUUGAUUGUAAAACACUGAUGUCAGAGUUUUAUUCUGUCUCUUUGUCUUUUGUUCGUAGAUCUGCGAAUGAGGUGGCUCACUUGUUGGCUCGAGCCUCUGAUUUUAUGCAUGAUCUAUUGGAGUGGGAUGAUACCCCUCCUACGAUUAUUUGUGAUGUUUUGCAGAAAGAGUUGAGAAUUUAAUAAGAAUAUUCCCUUGAUUUUCAAUUUUUUUUUUUUAACAAACUUGAAAGUGGAGGAAUGAAGAGAGAUCUACUACAUGAUCUGUUGGUGAUUUUAGUGUAAUCGACUAUUUUGUGUAAUUGAAUUUACUUAGAUCAGACAAGAAUUGUAAUAGACGUUGUCUAAUUGG